AUGGUCAACUUCUUGAAAGCCGCGCUGUGCGCUUCUGUACUCUGUGUCCAAGCAUCAGCCGAAGUCAACCGCAAAAAUGCUGUCAUCACUGUGCUUGAACAGCACAAAGACCUGACUGCUUUCUACAAACUCUUCACCUCAACUGGGCACGGCACUGGAAUUCCUGAACCUGCGUUUGAAGCGCGCUUUAACGAUAACAACAAGGAUGAAGCCUUUACUAUCCUCGCUCCUACCGACGAAGCUAUCGCCAAAGUCCCAGGUCUCGCACAGAAGCUUACCUCUCCAGCCGGUUAUCCUCUUCUGGCUGCCCUUCUACGUACACACAUCCUUCCUGGCAAAUUCAGUCCACAACAGCUCUACGGCAAGUCAAUUAGAGCAAUUGAGGGCUUCUCGAUUGACGUUAGCACAAACGGUGCCAUCACCACCAACACGGGCAUGACGAGCUUGGCCGACUCUGCUGUGCGUGCUGGCACACAAGCCAAGCUAUUGAAAGACAGAAGAGGCAGACUGAUUCGAAUUCCUGCUUCGAACGGUGUAGUGUACAAGAUCGACAGCAUCCUUGAUCCUAUGCUCACCUACUUUGGCGAGGAUGCCCCUUCUCAAAAGUCAUUGCCAACCAUCAAGUACUCCCGUUCCAAGACAAUGAAGGACAUAUUGGCCGUAGAUCCCCAGACCCUUCGCGCCAGACAACUACUGCGAAUGCAUGCUCCACGCUUUCUCUAUGAUCGUCUUGAUACGAAGCUCGCCGGAAAAGAUAACUCAAAGGUGGUCUUUCUAGUUCCUUCCAAUGAGGCACUGAAGCUGUUCACCAAAAAGGCUGAGGAUUCGGACAACGCCGAUAUAACGAAAUUUUUCCUCGCGGCUGGCUAUGGCACAGUAGACGGCAAGACUAUCAAGGGCCGCGCAGGGUUCAGCCUCGAGAUUGAAGGAGGUCGGGUUAUGAACGCAAAAGUUGAGAAGAGAGAGUGUGGUUCUAAUGGCUGUGUAUGGAGGAUUGGGAGGGUAAUCGAUUCAGUUUACGGUGUAUUGUGA